AUGUCGAUGUUCGGAAUGGGUCGUCCUCAACCAUCCUCGCAGGAGAAAAUCGCUGCUGCUGAGCAAGAGAUGGAUUUGAUUACCGAUAUGUUCAACAAACUCAGUCAAUCCUGCAUCAAAAAGUGCAUUCCCAAAGAUUACCGCGAGGGAGAACUCAACAAAGGCGAAGGCGUCUGUAUCGACCGCUGCGCAUCCAAAUUUUUCGACGUCCAAAUGAAGAUUUCCGAGUUAUUACAAGCUGAGGCCGCAGCCAAGGGAGCUGGUGGUGGUGGAUUCGGAGGUGGUGGAUUUGGAAUGUAA